GAGCCUGCGUCCGCGGAAGCCGGAAGCGGCGGCUGUGGCGGCGCCGGCGUGAAGCGGAGGAGCGGAGCGCCGCGACCUGGGGCUGGUGGACCCGGUGAUGGAGCCGGUCCCUGAGCUGGCGCCGCGGAGGUCGUUGUUGCCGUGGUGGCUGCCGCUAGCGCCGCUGCUGUGGUCGAGGCUGGCCCUGGGCGCGCUCCCCUUCGCCGGCAGCCCUCACGGGGUCUUUCCGGACCUCUGGUCGGAGCCGCGGUUGCUGGAGGUGGAGGACCUGACCCUGUCCUUGAUGCGCGGUGGAGCCCUGGGGCCGCUGUCGCUACCUCCGGACCUGCCCGAUCUGGAUCCCGAGUGCCGGGAGAUGCUGCUGGACUUCGCCAACAGCAGCGCAGAGCUGACCGGGUGUCUGGUGCGCAGCGCUCGGCCCGUGCGCCUGUGUCAGACCUGCUACCCGCUCUUCCAGCAGGUCGCCGGCAAGAUGGACAACAUCAGCCGCGCCGUGGGGAAUACUUCAGAAAGUCAGAGUUGUGCCAGAAGUCUCUUAAUGGCAGAUAGAAUGCAAGUAGUUGUGAUUCUCUCGGAGUUUUUUAAUGCCACAUGGCAAGAGGCAAAUUGUGCAAAUUGUUUAACAAACAACAGUGAAGAAUUAUCAAACACUACAUUAGAUUUCCUCAACCUGUUUAAUCAAACCUUGACCUGCUUUGAGAGUAACCUUCAGGGGGCUGCACACGGUCUGCUGCCGCCAAAAAAUUACUCAGAGGUCUGCAGAAGCUGCCGCGAGAACUACAAAAACCUAAGCAGUCUGUACGGUCAGAUGCAGAAACUGAAUGACCUUGAGAACAAGGCUGAGCCCGGGACGCACUUAUGCAUCGACGUGGAAGACGCAAUGAACAUUACUCGAAAACUUUGGAGUCGCACCUUCAACUGUUCAGUCCCGUGCAGUGACACGGUGCCUGUGAUCGCUGUUUCUGUGUUCAUCCUCUUCCUCCCAGUGGUCUUCUACCUUAGUAGCUUUCUUCACUCGGAGCAAAAGAAACGUAAACUCAUCUUACCCAAACGUCUGAAGUCUAGUACCAGUUUUGCAAACAUUCAAGAAAAUUCAAACUGAAACCUACAAAAUAGGGACUCAACAUCGUAUCAUCCGGAUAAGCGGUGGACGACACAGCUCAGUCACAACGAAGAGAAGCCGAUCGGACAAGUCAAGUGCUGAGAAACUCGAGGAAGCAGAUAUACGUUUCAAUGAGAAUUUUCAACUUUUGUUUCUUUCCACCCUUUUCUUUAAAGAAUUGGAUUUGUUAAUUUCCAAACAUAAUUGUCUGUUUUGAAGGGUAUUUGUUACAACAACAAAAGACACAAGGAAAAUCCUUAUUUUGUAGACAUAUUAUUAGUACUUGAGACUUCUUUUGUCUCAUUUGCAUAAAUACCUCAAGUAAAAAGGUUUUUGAGGACUAACAUUUAAAAAUUAAUGUUAUAGCACAGUCUUUGAAAAAGAAAUAUAUUUGCUAAAGAUAGCAGAUCCAAAGACUGGCUUAAAUUACUCCCUGCUGCGUGUUACUGUUAUGAAUAUAUUUAAUGUGUCAUAUGUAACUCAGUGUCUAGUUUCCUUAACGUUGUUUCUGAAACUACUAAUUGUAAGCAUCCUUAACGAUUUUUAGGAGUGAUAAACCACAUUACAUUUAUCUUUGUAAAAAGAUUUAUGGUAACUGGUUUCUUACUUGACUUUUGUAAAUAGUAUUUUACAUUUUAUUUUUGCCUUUAUUUCAUAAGCAAUUUAAACUCACCGGACUGCUUUGUUAUAUUCAGGGCAAGAUAUUUUUUUUUUUUUAAACUAGGGAUUUGCAUUGUGAAAUACAUUAAAUUAUUUGGCAAUUUAUAAUUUAUUAUUACUUUGAAUCAAAUGUAAUAUCAAACUGUAUUUCAGUUGUGGUUUUUUAAUGAACAGUUGCUCUUGGGAUACAUAGAGAUUUUGGGGGAAAGGAGGAAGUAACAAGUUUAAGGGUCAGAAAAUAGAGCUGACGCCCAGGGGUGCGUGUUAGGGGUGUGAGUGCUGGGAUCCCACAGGCAGCAGUCAGGCUAAGGCACUGCUUGCUCUGCUCAGUUCUGAAGGCAGGCGAAACCCACAUGGCUGAAGUGAGCCACAGCGUCCCGCUCAGAAACCUUCAGUUCCGGUGCAGGACCCAUGGGUCAGCCUUUAGGCCAGGGCUGCUUCCGAAUUGCUCACAGUUUCGUUCCUCAAGGUUUUAGCAUUAAGGGAUUCGCUCACUCCUUGCUUUCAUGGCAGAAUCAGGCUUUGUUUUAAAUGGUGAGGACAUGAAGUCUCCUUUGUCCUCUGUGUAGUUUGGUUAAAUACAAGACAAUUUGAACCUCUUUGUAGACUGUAAAAUGCUACAGAAACUCGGGUGUGUUUGGGGUUUUGUUGUAUGUUGAUUGUAUGUGCAGAGUGAAGGAGAAGGCUCGCCGUGGGUAUCUGGAUCAUUCUAAAACUGUGACAGCUCUCCGAUCUGCUGUGAUCCGCUUAAAUCACUGCGGGUCAUUUUGCCGCCGCUGUUGCUGCUGCUGGGCUGUCGUGCUUCGACGCAUGUGGUUGAGAGUCAUUGAAAGCAGUCUUCAUUAAUGCAGAUAAAACCAGUUUACACUGAAAAGUCAGAAAAUGUGUUUCAGUCAGCGUAGUGACUUGAGCACCUUUCAAUAUUAUGUUUGCAAGAAUCAUUGCUUUUGACGAUAAAACUAAUAAGCACUUUAAAAAGGAAAAGACAGUCUACUGUUUUCUGGGGGGGUCAUUGCUUUGCAGAAGCUGCAUCAGCAGUAGUCGAUUUCAAAAAUAAGUAUUGGGGCUGGGGAUUUAGCUCAGCGGCAUAAGCGCCUGCCUUGCAAGCAGGCGGUUGUGAGUUCGAUCCCUGGUACCGAUAAAAAGCAAAAAGACAAAAAAAAAAAAAAAAAAAAAGUAUUAAGUGCUGUACAAAAUCUGUUUCAUUUUGUAGUUGUAUCAAAAAUUAUUUGCGUAGUUUUGAACUCUGAAACACAUCAUGCCUGUAUUGCACAAAAAUAUCUUAAGUUUUUUUGAUACUUUAAAGGAACUUAAAGAAAUUGGAAUGAUACAUGGAUUUUUAAAUAGUUUUUGAAAACUUCAGAUGUAACAUAACAUACAUUUUCAUCUUCUUAAGAUUUUACUGCAAAUAAAAUGUAUUCUUGUAUUAUUUAUCUUUUGUUGUUUGGGAAAUAAAAAUAACAUCAGACAUUUUAAAGUGUAACUCUUUCAGUCAACAAAUAACACCUCAGUUUAGUUAGUAAAUGUUACUCCCAUUGGGACCAGUUUCAUGGAUGAACUGUACUUUUUACUGUAACAUAUUCUUUGUAAAGUGAAAUGUUUUCUGGGAAGGAUGCUGUAGUUAGGUGUAUCUUCCUGUCAAAGACUACACCUCAGUAGCGUUGGCUUUUGAGAAUAAAAGUAUCAUUGCUGA